CCAAUAAUCACUUUAGUCAUGGAAGAAUCUCUCUGGUUAUUCACCAUCUUAGCUUUCUUCUUCAUUAUGUUGGUCUGCAACUUCAUCACACACAAGUAUGGACCAAGUAACCCUAAAAAAAUACUCCCACCGAGCCCACCUUCGAUCCCUAUCAUAGGCCAUCUCCACUUGAUCAGAAACAGGAAAGAACCUCUUCACCGGACUUUGCACAAACUCUCUCAAAAGUACGGCCCCGUGCUGUUUCUCCGGUUAGGAUAUCGCAAUCUGCUCGUAGUCUCCUCACCCUCUGCGGUCGAAGAAUGCUUCACCAAAAACGACGUCGUCUUCGCAAACCGUCCACGGAUGCUUGCCGGGAAGCACCUGAACUACAACUACAAGUCUAUGAUAUGGGCUCCUUAUGGCGAUCAUUGGCGCACCCUACGACGCCUCACCACAAUGGAACUCUUCACGACGAAGCAGCUCAGCAUGCUAGUGGAACUUCGGAAGGAGGAGGUUCGUGUUUUGCUGAAGCAGCUGGUUAAAGACUGCGGUACCAACGGUUGGGCCAAGGUGGAGUUGAGAGACAGACUCAAGAAGCUCAGUUUUAACGUCAUGAUGCAAAUGAUAGCGGGGAAGAGGUAUUACACUGAAGAUGAGGCGGACCAGGAAGCGAGGCGGUUUAGGGAGAUGAUAAAGGAGUUGAAGCAGAUUCAUGGGUCUUUCUCAAAUCUUAAUGACUUUUUCCCGGUUCUUCAGUUGGUGGAUUUUCAAGGGGUGGAGAAGAGGAUGAUGGAGUUGAUGAAGAAGAUGGAUGGAUUUUAUCAAAGCUUGAUCGACGAGCAAAGGAGGAUGCGGAGUGAUGGGGCUUGUAGUGAAGGAAAGCCUACGCUGAUUGAUAUAAUGCUCUCUUUGCAACAGCUACAUCCUGAGUUCUAUACUGACGAAACCAUGAAAGCUGUUAUAACAUCAAUACUACGUGGCGGGACUGAAUCAGCAGCAACGGCCGUUGAAUUUGCAAUGGCACUUCUUCUCAACCAUCCAAACGAAAUGGAAAAGGCUCGAGCUGAAAUCGAAGCCAAUGUUGGACAAGAACGACUAUUGGAUGAAGCAGAUUUGCCCAAGCUAGAAUACCUACAGAAAAUAUACACAGAGUCCACAAGGUUGUUUCCAGUUGCUCAACUUCUCGUGCCACACGAAUCAUCGGAGGAAUGCACAGUCAGUGGUUUCCAUGUCCCCCGUGGCACGCAGUUAUUGGUGAACGCUUGGAGCAUUCAUAGAGAUCCAGACCUGUGGGAGAAUCCAACCAAAUUCAUGCCGGAGCGAUUUGAAAGCGGAAAGAUCAGUGGUUUUGAAGGAUAUAAGAUGAUUCCUUUUGGCGCUGGGAGACGAGGUUGUCCUGGAGCUCCGCUAGGAAAAAGAUUGAUGGGGAUGCUUUUGGGAGCCUUGAUUCAAUGCUUUGAAUGGGAGAAGAUAGACGGGAAAGAGAUUGAUAUGACAGAAGGAUUAUACCAGUCCUUGUCUAAAGCUGAGCACUUGAAGGCACUCUGCAAACCACGCCAUGAUGCACGCGGUAUUCUGGUGACGAUGGGGUAACAAUCUCCGGCCUAUUUGAAUCACAUCUCAUAUACACAUAUACAUAGCAACUGUCUGAUGAGCAUAUCAUUAUCUUAUUAGCUCGCUAAAACAUAAUAACAAACUUGUUAUAUAUGACAGUUAUAGAUUACGUAUGGUAUAAAUCUCAUAUGUAUUCUAACGAACUUGUUAUAUACUUAUAUAUGACAAUUAUAGACUACGUACGGUAUAAA